GCCCGACCCAAAGCCGGCCGUGCGCAGGCUCUUAGCCUCGAGGAGCUCGCGGCCCCCCCGAUGCGCCCAUGAGGAGCCCCCGGGCUGGCGGCCUCCUCCGCGGCGCCGAGGGGCCCCGGCCCCAUGGCGCGGGCCGGGAGGACCGAGGGAGGCAGCCGCCCGCGGACAUGACGACCGAGUACCUGAACGAGAUCCUGGCGUCGUCCUCCCCGCCCGACCUGGAGUACCUGACCCAGUACCUGAACGAGAUGCUGGCCUCGGGCCAGAGGCUGAGCCACUCCAGGGAGCGGCGGGCGCGAGGCGGGCGCGAGCGGUCGCCUGGCCGCCACUCGUCGCGCCAGCGGCGGGAGCGGCGCCGGCCGAGGGCCGACGUUGGGGAUGCCGCUGGCAGGCAGCGCAGCUCGUCGGCCAGCGCACGCGGCGAGGGCCCCGCGCCGCCGCCGGCGCGGAGCCCCUCUGGGCAGGGCUGCCCGCGGCCAGCGCAGGCCCCCCUGGCGUCCGCUCCCGGCGACCACGCCACGGCCGCGGCCGCGCCUGCCGGCUGUCUCACGCCGCGGCCGCGCCUGUCGGCGAGGUCGGCGUCGC